AUGGAGUUAAGUAUCGCCAGCCACAAAGGAAAACAUGAGCCCGUCAUCGAGCAUAAAAAGGAGAAAGUCUUUGGACAAAAGACAAAUAAGCCGGUCAAGAAGCCUACCAAGGAAGCAAUGACAAUCAACACUAUCCCGGUCAAAAUCUCCACCCGAGAUAAGAAGAGGGAAGUCAAAAGGAUGGAGUCAUCCCGAGAGGUAGAUAGACGUCGGCGCACCUUGAAGGAAUUGGAGGAGAAAACGUACCCUUUUCCUGACUCCGAUGUCGCAGGUAUGCUUGAGGAUUUGCUGGAAAAGAAGGUGAUCGAAUUGCCGGAAUGUAAGCGGCCUGAGGAGAUGAACCGGGUCAACGACCCUAAAUUUUGCAAAUACCACAGAAUUCUCAGCCAUCCAGUAGAAAAGUGCUUUGUGUUGAAGGAGCUAAUUAUGAACUUAGCUAGGCAAGGAUGGAUCGAGUUGGAUGUUGACGAAAUUGCGGAGGCGAACGUUGCCACAAUUGUGUUCGGAUCCUUUGAUCCGGUGCCGUUGCCCGUAUUGUCAAAGAUAUCGGAGUUUCAAUCUACAAGGGGCAUACACCAGAAGACUGGUCUAUGUACAAAAGAAGUGGUGGGCGAACCAAACAAUCAAUGUUGUGAUGGCUUUGUUGGUGACUCGUCUUUUGAUGACAAUGAAGGAUGGACGCUCGUUACUCGGCGGAAGUCUCGUACGAAGCUCAUUCCUCAAAGACAAAAUGCUCAAUCAAAGAAGGAGCAGCGAAAGAGAGGCUCGCACCAACAUUCUAAGAACAAAACCAGACGGAUGGUGAGGAGAGACUCCAAACAAGAAGAUGGACCAUUAAUCCAAGGGCCACGAACUCCAGUUAUGCUAGGAGAAUACUUUCCCAAAGUGUUCUUCGUAAGAGGGCCAACGGAGACAGUCCAUAUGACAACUUGCUAUCAGGUAGAUGACGAAGAUGCCUUGGAAGGAAGAUAUGAAACUCAUGAAGAGCGAAAGGUCUCAACACAGGCAGAAAAUCCACCAGCGCAUUCAAAUAUUGAAGAAGCGGUGGAACUCCCUGAACCCAUAUGUGUAGCAUUGGUAAAGGCAUUAAUGGAUCUCGAUAUCCAACCAAAUAAGAUAAGGAAGACCGGAGAAUUAGAGCCUGAGUCUCGAGACCAUGCUAUUUGCUGCGCGAUGUGCGCUUCCAUCACAUUCACCAAUGAAGACCUCUUGUUAGGAUCUAAGUCACAUAAUCGUUCGCUUUUCGUGUCAGGGUAUGUGCGAGAACAAAAACUUAGUCGCAUGCUUGUGGACGGAGGUUCAGCAGUGAACAUCAUGCCUAAAUCCACGAUGAUGAAGUUAGGCAUCACCAUGGACGAAUUGUCUCGCAGUCGUCUCAUGAUUCAAGGCUUCAAUCAAGGAGGACAAAGAGCUAUGGGCAUGAUCAGAACUCGUGAUAGGCGAUUUAAAGUCAAACACCCUAUUUCACGAAGGCCAUGGGUGCAUGAAAAUGGGAUAGUGCCUUCAACCUUACAUCAAUGUUUCAAAUUUUACAGAGGAGGAGUAAAGAAAAUCUUGGGUGACGUCAAACCAUUUACUGAAGCCGAGUCUUACUUAGCGGACGCUAAAUUUUACAUGGAUGAAGACAUGGUAUCUGAAGUUAUUCCCCGUGGAGGUUUACUCGACAGGAAAAACCAUGCCAAGAAGAGAAGAGCAAUCAAAGUGCCCUCCCGCUGCAGUGAAUGUUUCGAAGAAGUCAAAAAGCACCUUGUCCGGACAAAUGGGAUCAUCACCGACAGAUUCACGGAAGGUGUCUACUCCCGUCCUCCGCUAUGUCUCAUCAUCCCGACGGAAGGAAGGACAAUCCCCAUUUGGAUAAGAAGUAAAGCCAAGGAAAUGGGGAGAAAGUGA